GGCGGCGGGAAAGGCUGCUAACUAGCCUAGCUCUGAUUGUUCUGUUGCUGAAACUAAUAAUGUAUAUGUCCGCUUAGAGCAUCGAAACGAGAAGUUUACCUUCACGAAGAUAUUACGCGUAGACAUCCUAACGCGAACAAGAUUUUUUUGGUGUGAGUUUUAAGAGUUCAUAGCACCAUUCGCUGCGUGUACCAAGACUGCAUUAGCCACCGCUAACAUUAGCCGCCUAGCUAACCACACUGGAAAGAUGUCAACUGGCAAAAAAAUGAGAAAGAGGAAGCUCUCCGACAAAAAUGUUGACAAAGUUUUUGAAUUUUCUCUGGAUGAAAAGAACAGUCUGACUGGCUCUGAAGACGAUCUGAGAGAAGGCAACGAAGCUGAAAGUGUGGACAAAUCCACAAAGAAAAGACAAUCUGCUGAGUUUUCAGAGGACAAUGCAGCCUGUGCUGCUGUUGGGAAUGAAGUGCAUUCCAUGCUGGAGCGCUUUGGAGCUGACAUCAGCAAGGUGAUGCAGGCCAAGAGGAAACGUCUGGAAAGUUUGACCAAAACUUAUGUGAAUGGAAGUCAGCAGAAACUGGAGCAACUUUGGAACACCUAUCACAGCAAGAGGCAGAAGAUGACUCAGGAGUACUCUCAGCAGGUGUCGACAAUGCUUCAGCAGUGGGAAACUGAAGCUAAGCGAGUGGACGAGCAGGAGGAGAAACUCAACGACCUGCUCAGACAGCAGCAGAAAAUCCUCCAGCAGACCAAAGUCCUUCAGAAUAAGAAACUGGUGGCAGUCCGUGAGCUCUAUGAUCAGUUUGUCAAGAACAUGGAGGAUGUGGAGAAGAGCCAAGAGGGCUUCCUGCAGGGUGCGCAACAGGUGCUGAGGAAGGAGAUGGCUACCUUGCAGAAGAAGAUCCUCAUGGACACGCAACAGCAGGAAAUGGCCUCCGUGCGCAAGUCGCUGCAGAGCAUGCUGUUCUAGCCUGCUGUUCUAGCCUGCUGUUCUAGCCUGCUGUUCUAGCCUGCUGCUAUUUUGGCAAUGAUGAUAUAAGGUUUUGUAUGUUUGACUUCUUCUUGUGAACCUGUUCAGCAUGUUAUAAACGACAUCAUAUACUGUAUAUAGGUUUUAUCCACUUUGAAUAGAAAGUGUUAGAGCGGCCUCUAGGGGUGCUUUGUUCAAAGUCGAAAAACGUUGGGAGAUAAAAAAUGUGAAUGAAAACAACAAUAAAAUGUUUGUCUACAUCCUCAAUUGCUUUUUUUAAUCCAAUCCUGCUGACAGACCUGACUGUGUUUUUUUU